AUGGCAGGAGGGUGGGCGUCGACGCCCAGCGCGACCGUCUGCGUCUCGCCGGGGCAGCACAGGACGGAACAGCGACGCGCCAACAGGAGGGUCGCCGCCGGCACAGGGUCUCGGCGAGGAAGCAUGCAGCCUCUGAAACGGCGCCCGGUGCGGACGUCUGCAGGCAGCAGCAUGCUGGAGCGGCACGGGAGCCGGCGGCUUAGGGACUCGCCGGGGCGGCAUGGGAUGAAAAAUCGACGAGACGACAGGAGGGUCCACGGCGGCGCAGUGUCUCGCCAGGGGAACGGGGGCAGGGAUACCUCUGAAAACGGCAGCCGGCGCGGACGUGUUCAGGCUGCAGCUCGCCGGGGCGGCGCGGGAUCCGGCGGCGUAGGGCCUCACCGGGAUGGCGCAAGGGGGUCGGGGGCGGCGAGAGAGCCGGCGGCGCAGGACCUCGCCGGGACGGCGCGAGGGGAAGACCAGGAGACCCGCCUCACCAGUCACCAGAGAGUCGCCGGCGGGAGGUCGCGCCGCACGGCCCACCUCCUCUCCUCCUCUGGUCGCGCCGCCCUCUUUGCCGCCGUACCGGCCACCUCCUUGCCUCCUCCGGUCGUGCUGCCGUCUUCGCCGCAUCUUCAUCGCGCCACCAGGCGCCCGCAGGCAAGGAGCAGAUCCGGGCACGUCGUUGUGCCUCCUCGUCGUGCCCCCAGACACCCGCUCGCCAACCGCAGGCAAGAUCCAGAGCCCAGCAGCCGCCCGCAGUCAAGAUCCAGAGCCCAGCUGCCGACUUCAGUCAAGAUCCAGAGCCCAGCAGUCGCCCGCAGUCAAGAUCCAGAGCCCAGCCGCCAACCGCAGGCAAGAUCCAGAGCUCAGCUGCCAGCCGCAGUCAAGAUCCAGAGCCCAGCCGCCGGCUGCAAGCAAGAUCCAGAGCCGCUCAUGUUGUCAAAGGAGGAGCUGGCCAGUGCAGGGGUGAAUACCAGGGGACUCCACAAGCACUACAUGAACCAUGCCAUGCACGAUGAUAAUACAUCAAUCGUGGGUGAGUUCAAGGCUGAGGACUUGCACUGUGGGCCUGGUGUCUUCUCCGUUGUGUUUUCUGAUCUCUACGACCUCUUCAACCUCGAUGCCUUGGACAUCUCAUUCAUCCGCUGCUUGACACUGUGA